CCCAAUUCCCGCCAAAUAGGUUGCAAAAGAGCCCGAUUCACUUUCUCUCUCAUCUCCACCCUUGUCUACGACUACAACUCUCUCUCUCUCUCUCACUCUCUCUGUGGCACACACCCACACUCAACAGAGGCGAAGUAGAAGAAGAAGACAUGGACUUGAGCGAGGAACUUAGGGCACAGCACAAGCGAACAUUCGUCAAGUUCUUCGAAAACGAAAAUGUAAACCUGAAAACCGAGAUCAAGGACAUGACCGACCACAAACGUCGCCGUUUAAUCAUCAAUCUCUCCGACCUUUACAAUGACAAGAAUGGAGAGGGCGCCGACUUGGCUCGCAGGAUUCUUUACAAUCCGAGUGAGUAUAUGCAACCGUUGUGCGAUGCAAUAACGGAAAUCACUCGGACAUGUGAUCCCAAGUACUUGAAGGAAGGAGAGCAAGUGCUUGUUGGAUUUGAGGGUCCUUUUGUGUCACGGCGUGUAACACCAAGAGAGCUUUUGUCUGGCUUCAUUGGUUCAAUGGUCUGCGUCGAGGGCAUUGUUACUAAAUGUUCUCUUGUAAGGCCAAAGGUUGUUAAAAGUGUCCACUUCUGCCCUUCAACUGGGAAAUUCACAGCCCGUGAAUAUCGAGAUAUCACAUCCAAUAUGGGUUUGCCCACAGGAUCUGUUUAUCCAACACGGGAUGAUAGUGGCAAUUUGUUGGUAACUGAGUAUGGGUUAUGCCAAUACAAAGACCAUCAAACAGUAUCAAUGCAAGAGGUGCCUGAGAAUUCUGCUCCUGGGCAGCUUCCACGAACAGUUGAUGUCAUUGUAGAGGAUGACCUUGUGGAUUCUUGCAAGCCUGGAGACCGUGUGGCAAUUGUUGGGAUAUACAAAGCACUUCCUGGAAGUAGCAAGGGCGGUGUGAAUGGAGUAUUCAGGACUGUCCUCAUAGCUAACAGUGUCUCUCUGCUCAAUAAAGAAGCAAAUGCUCCAAUCUACACUGCUGAAGACAUAAACAAGAUCAAAAAGAUAUCUGAGAGGGACGAUGCAUUCGAUCUACUUGCUAAUUCACUUGCACCAUCUAUAUAUGGACACUCAUGGAUAAAGAAGGCAGUGAUUCUAUUGAUGCUUGGUGGAACAGAAAAGAACUUGAAGAAUGGUACCCAUUUACGAGGCGACAUAAACAUGAUGAUGGUCGGUGAUCCUUCUGUUGCAAAGUCUCAGCUACUAAGAGCGAUCAUGAAUAUUGCUCCUUUGGCUAUAUCAACAACUGGUCGGGUUCUUCUGGAGUCGGAUUGA